GGGCUCUUGCGUUGYCCAGAAAUAAUCAAGUGGUGCGAUGCUUUCUUCAUGGACAGUUCUGAAUCUAUACGUUUAGGUGAUUGAGAUCUUUCGCUUUUUCUCGGUUGGCUUAUGCUUUGGUGCCGAAAUAAGCAGCACACCGUUGUUCAAUGUUGCUUUCAUUUGAUCCAUAUCCACUUCGGUCUCUACAAAUGCUACUUUUGUCUUGUAUUUGCGUACAGGCUGGUCUGCACUCCCUGUGCUUCGUGUGGCAGUAACGACUAGAAAGUCACCAUCUAAAGUUACAUCAACUGCAGUACGAUCGACCCCUGGUAGAUCCACUGCUACUUGAAACACUUCUUCGUUGCUUCUAUUUUCGGAGAAGGGAACCUCUUCUGAUUGAAUUUCCGACAGAACUUCCUCCUCGUCGUUUGCUUCGAGAGAGGGUUCCGGUCCACCUAUCAUGUCCUUCGGAUCUUGGAUCUUUGAUUCCGGAGCGACAGAAAAGUUGUCCUGGUUCAUAUCUGAGUCGCCACCACCGCCAUCGUUUGCGGCUUUGGUUUUCCCACUUUCGUAGUGGCGAACAACCCAAUCGCGUGAUUUCUGAAUCAUUUCGUCGGUUCUUUCCCGCUCUGUUGGUGUUGCUGCAAAGUCUUUGUUGAGUUCGGAUGCUAGGUCGAAUGCCUUUUCCAACCAUUUCUUGGCAGUUUCCUCAUUGAUUUUCUCGAAGGGAAAUUUUGUGGAACCCAUUGUCUCCCAGUUGAAUUGUACGUCCACACCAUCCCCAUAAGUACCAUUUAGUUCUUCCUGAAGGUCACGAAAUGCUCUAUCCACAAUACUAUCAUUUAUUCGAAAGCGACCCUUUCGAGGAACCUUUCGAGGAGAGGAUGCAAAGUUUUGGCCGUUGCCACUUGAACAAUCGCUGCGACGUGAUCCCGGUGUGCAAGGGYURCGGUGAAGCGGUUGAGAGCUGUAAACGUAUCCGUUUACUCUGGAGGCACCAAGUCCUACGAGAAAAACAACGGAUGCAGGGACAGAAAUURCGAGUUUCAUCGAGAGAUGAGAAUUGAAUUUACGCUUUUUUAAGAUCGGGUUGUAGGAAUUCUUGUUUCAAGAUUGUGAGAGGUGUAGGAAUUAUGUUCUAUUCCUGCUGUUUUUUCGGGUUUUAUGCUUUCCAUCCAAAUUUCGCAUCUAGAAUCCUUUGUCCACGAUUGAAACGACACGUCGCAAAACAUCAAGUCCAAGACGUUCCACGAUGAUCUGAGAUGAUGAUUCCAUGGUUCAUUCAACGUUACUGUAUUCUGUUUGUGAUAGAAAAAAACAGUCAGUAGAAUGGUUCGUACUAGUACAAGUAUUGGUUUCCUCUGUGCACGAUUGAAAAUGCCAUCCAACAAAAAACUGAAGAAGGACAGAAUCUAAAAUCACGGAUCGUACGCUUGACGUGAUAGUGACCUACCGUACGYACCGUACCCAUAGGACGUAAGAUGAUCUGUACGUCAUCGCCACUCGUACUACUACGAUUAGUAGUACUCAGUUGUAAUGUUGUCAAUACUUCGUACUUAGUACGUACAGAACUGUACGUACCCCAAGUACCUGUACUAUUCUUUUACUUUUUUGAUCGAUGUUUCAUAUUCAUACCGUACCCAAACAUGAAUCAUAGAUAGAUACUGUAUCUAGUACCGGUACAGUAGUGUAACCUGCGAAAUGUUUAGUGGCUCUUUGUUGUGUUAUUUGGUCUACGUUAGAGAGGUCUAUUUAGUGCUUUUCAUUCACUCACUAGCUACUCGUGACUGUGGUUUAGCCUCACAAAUAGUUUUCAUAUUUUCAUACCGUACACUUAAUUGUUUUCCGUACUCGUACUGGUAGGUCGUAACGCCAAAAUACUUCUUUGCUCCGUGUCAUAAAUGGGCAUAAGGACUUUUUUUCUUUCGGCGAACUGUACAAGCGCCGCCGGUGACGUUCMAAAUGUUUUCCUUACUGUAUAUUUUUAUGAUCAAGAAUUGUAAUAACGGCAGUUUUUACACAUUCGGUUGCACGAAAUUCUGAAGAAAGGUCUUUUGGCGAUCUUUUUUCGAAUCCGAAGUUGUACUCAGUGAAUGGAAAAGUGAAAGAUAUUUUUUACCCGCGAACUCUCAUGRUCAUAAAAUCUAUCUAACCCGAACAAACUCAAACGAAAGCCACAACAAAUCUACGAUGAAAUUUGGAAGUUUUCUACUAUUGACAUGCCUUGCAGCUUCGGGCAACGCUCAGCUUCGAGAUGGUAGCACAGCAAAACGCCGUCGUGUCGAAGCAUCUAGCGAGAGCAACGUCAUAGACCUCGUCGAUGAGAUCCCUGCAUCCGAAAUCAACAAGAUCAAGCAACGAUACCUCAGGCGACAAGAAGGUCCUCUCCCGGUUUCGAAAUUUACCAGAGUAUAUCCCAGAAUUUCCAAGGUUUUUUCCAGGAUGGAAGAAUCUGAUGAUGCUGAUGAUAUGAGCAUGUCCAUGAGCAUGUCCAUAAGCAUGAGCAUGUCCAUGAGCAUGAGCAUGUCCAUGAGCAUGUAAACCGUGCCACAUUUUGGCCAGAAUGAUAUCUUUUGGAUCCUAUUCGAAAAGCAUUUYUUUGACAAAAGCGAUUCGCUACRGAGGGGUUCAAUUUAUGCCCCCUAGGGUGCGUCGUAUGUUUCUUGACUACCAGUUGUUCGAGGUUCUCAGGUGACGAAUGUAUAUUAAGAACAGAUUUAAAUGCGUAAAAUCUUUCGAUCAAAAUCACUAGCUCAAUAUCAAAGAUGAGAUCGAACACUUUGCUAAUGUCUCCUCGCAUAAGCAUAAGCAUAAGCAUAAGCAUAAGCAUACGCAUACGCAUACGCAUACGCAUACGCAUACGCAUACGCAUACGCAUACGCAUACAUAUAGCGCAGGUAGGUGUAAUUUUGUGAACUCAAAUACCAGCAGCAAUAAAUAUACUAGUGAAGUACGAAGUAUAUAAUUACCAAAAAAUAAGAUGACUUCCAUUCUAUUUCGUGGCAAAUACCAUUGGUUUGCUGCGACUACUUUAAGAGCCUGAUGAGAACUGGAAUUUAAAGAUUKUGUAAACUUUUGCAAAUGUGCAAAUAGUACUAUUAAACAAAAAAGUCUUGAUUUGUCUUUCACCUGUUUCCAAACUGUUCGACAUUUUGAAGGAAAUCAUGCCAGUCGAAAUGGAACGAAAAGUGUAAUGCAUUCCAUGUUUCACAUCAAUAAUUGUUGUUUCGGUCGACCUAGCUAACGCUAGUGCUGUUCCCAUACAAUAUGCGACAGRCAGCAUGCGCCAUUCUUACGCGUUACCCUGGAUUUCGCGGUAACGUCCACCACCAUUCCGAACGUAUCGUCCCCAUACGACCGACCGAACUUCUUUUUUUCGUCUCCCGAUAAAGCUUUACCUUUCGUUGUGCGAAGAUCACCCAAUGUUGUUAUUUUUGCAGUCUCGGGAACUCCAACAUUGACACACGUUGGUCGCUUGAGGUAUUCCGCGGCGUCCUUGACAAUGUGGAUACUUUCACUGGUCACUGGAACGCCGCCGACGAUGAUUUCCAAGUCUCGAUCCAGUUUGCAAGCUUUGUCAUCACGCUUAUCGUUUGCUUCGCAAAUAAUAAAGUCGUCGAACCAAUGUUUGGCAUUUGUAUCCAGAACAUGGUUGUCACCGUGUCCGUGAUGAGCAUGAUCAUGCAAUGCUCCCUCAAAAGGGAGCCACAGCCGCAAUUUCCCACUUUCCGGGAUCCCAUACAUAGCUAUUUUCAUGUCUACAUAUCCUAGCCCCCCGCAUUUUUCCACCUUUCGUUUCGUAUCACGUUCUACCUUGCUCACGUCAAGAACCCAGCCCUCUUUGUAGUGUUCGUCAGUUCUGUCAAUCAUAAUGUCUAGAUCUCCCUCAGCCAAUCCAGAUACCACCACGGAUUUUAAUGUUUUGUCGUGAUCAGUUGCGGGCAAAAAUGAAGUUCGACAAGACAA